GUUCUCUCUGUUAAACGUAACCGAGCCGUGGAGGAGGCGGAAAAGAGAGGCGAGAUCGAGCCGCGUAGUAGUCAGACGUAAUCCGUGUAUCGCGUACUUACGUAUAUACGUAGAUAGGAGUCGAGCCGAGAGAGUCCGCUAUAUUGGUGGCCAGAGGGGGCAGAAGGAGGAGGAAGGGGAGCGCGCACAGGGCCAGCCGAUCGAGAAGAGAGACCAAGACAGAGAAACAGCGAACAGGGAUACGGAGCGGAGAGGACCGUGUAUACGUAGCAUCGGAAGAGUGUACCACCAGACCGCUAGUGUUGUGACGGCGAUCGUGCCCACGACUUCUCUGCCGGACCUGGUAUCCGUGUUCCGUCAUUUCUGUUUCCCUCUCUUUCUCUCUCUUCUUCUCUUUCUCUUUUCUGUUUCCCUCUCUUUCUCUCUCCCUGUCAGCCUGUCUAUCCUUCUUUCUCGUUCGCUCCGUUUCCAUCUCCGUACCUGUUUCUAUCUCCCUCUGUCACUUCCACCCAUCUGUCACCGGUAAUAUUACUUUCCUCCGCGACUAUUAUCCACCUUCUUCACUCCUCCCUUCGACCUUCUUCGCCCUUUUUCACCUUCGUGCUCACCGCCACAUCGUUUCCCCGUCUUUUUUUUUUCUCCCUUUCCCUUGCAUCGUGUCGGUUUCUCUCGUCGGUGAUUCUUUUCCUUCGCUUCUCUGUCGAUUUCUUCCCCCACGCCCUGCCACGGCCGUCUAGCUGGCGGUGGUCCCUCGUACUGCCCCUACUCGCGCGUAUCGGGCCCUCCCCCACGAGCACCUUUUCAAGGCGCGCGUUUUCGUGAUCCACAUAGCCACUUCCGGCGAAAAGUGAACUGCUAGGUGAUGAACCGGCGGAGCUGGUGAACCGCCACCACCGCCACCGCCGCACGCGAAUCAUCGAAAGGAAGUGGCUGCGGGGGAGGCAUAGGCUGCUCCCAGUGUCGAGAGAUAGCCAGUGUGUCGCAUCCUCGUCGCGAUCGUUUGUGCGAAGAACGUGUGCGCGCAGGUGUUUCGGAAUAGUGUCGCGCACCACUGUUACCACGUGUCCAUCGGGACGACACGAUUCACCACCACGGAUCAAAGAGCGACGACGUAAAGAGCGGAAGCUUGCCCGCGUAUUGGCCGUCGUGUACUUGUUUCAAGGUGCGCUUCCGGUCUGACCGCAACCAUGCAUUAUCCACUGAUGCUUCAAGCGUUCAUCGUUGUUGUGCACAUCGUGCCUGAUGCCCGUCUCCAUCGACAAAACGUCAAAGGCAUAUAUACCUUGGAGAAGCACGUUCACGGGCACGAGAUAGUGAUACCUCGGAAGGUGACUCACCGAGGAGAGCUUAUCUCGCACAACGUGACCCACCAUCAUCACGAGGAUGGGCGAAUGGUGCACUAUCGAUUGUCGGUGGCCGGUAACGAGUACCAUAUCGAGCUGACGGCCGUGGACAACUUCAUCGGGCCAGGGAUGGUCGUCGAAAGACGGAAACGGAACGUACAUGUCCGCAGCCGGCCAAAAAAUCGCUCGAGCAAGUGCCAUUAUCGAGGUUUCAUUCAGGGACAUCGGAAUUCCCAGGUUGCCUUGUCCACCUGCGACGGUCUGGCGGGCAUGCUGCGUGGCGAUCACGGGGAGUUCUGGUUGGAACCAGUCGCCGUGUCCCCGGAAGAAGAACGAGCCCGGCUGGAGGUUCGGCUGGAAGACGCCGGCGCCGAGCUCUACCGGAACUCGGCGCUCGGCAGGCCGCAUCUCGUGUUCCGCAGGUCCGUCGAGCAGCCGCAGCUCGAAAUCGGCGCCACAGGCCGCACCAGACGCCGACGAAAAAAGAAGAGAAAACUGGAGAGAAACUGCGGCACUCGCGAGCCGAGGCGGCUGACGGAAACGCGGCUCGAGUGGCAAACGCAGCCGGGGCUGGUGCAGGUUCAAGGACGGGGCCGAAGAAAACACCAUCAGACGAAACGAUGGCAACGCUCCAAGAGAUCGAUCAGCCGGCCGCGUCACGUCGAGGCGCUCGUUGUCGCUGACACGACGAUGAUGGCUUUUCAUCAGGACGGCGACGUCGAGACGUAUCUGCUGACCAUCAUGAACAUGGUGUCGUCCCUCUACCUCGAUCCGACCAUAGGGAAUUUCAUUAACGUCGUCGUGGUCAGGAUUAUCCUUGUCGAGGAGGACGACGCGGAAGUACGUGCGAAUUACGCCGGUGAUGAGGGGCUGGACAUCACGGUGAACGCGGACAGGACGCUGUACAAUUUCUGCAAAUGGCAACAGAAACUGAAUCCCGCGGACGACUCGCAUCCGAAUCACCACGACGUGGCGAUUCUGGUGACGAGGGAGGACAUCUGCUCGAGGGCGAACACGCCGUGUAGCACUCUGGGAGUGGCCCACGUAGCCGGUAUGUGCCAGCCGGACCGCAGCUGCAGUGUCAACGAGGACAAUGGGAUCACGCUCGCGCACACCAUCACCCACGAAUUGGGACACAACUUUGGCAUGUACCACGAUACGGAAAAAAUCGGGUGCAGCAAACGGGACGGCGACACCCUGCAUGUAAUGACGCCGACUUUCGAGGUGGACACCAUUGGCGUCGCCUGGUCCAGAUGCUCCAGAAGGGACAUCACCAACUUCCUGGAUCAAGGAAAAGGCGAGUGUCUGGAGGAUGAACCGGCAGACAAUGAUUACUCGUAUCCAGACUUACCACCUGGCGCAAUGUACAACGCGGAGCACCAAUGCAGACUUCAAUUCGGUGUUAGGGAAGCUUCCGUUUGCUCCCCGUUGCAGGAGAUCUGCUCGAAAUUAUGGUGCAUCGUUGAUGGCACUUGCACAACCAUGCUUCAUCCGGCUGCCCCGGGGACACACUGUGGCAAACAUAUGUGGUGCCAGAACCAGGAAUGCGUGCCGAUUGUGGACAGACCUCGCCAGAUCGACGGUGGAUGGGGCGAGUGGGGCUCUUGGAGCGAGUGUUCGAGAACCUGCGGUGCAGGUGUCUCGAUCGUCGAGCGGAAAUGCGAUCACCCGGAGCCAGCGCACGGCGGGAAGUUCUGCAUCGGUGAAAGACGCCGAUAUAAGAUUUGCAACACCGAUCCGUGUCCGGAGGAAACGCCCAGCUUCAGAGCAGUCCAGUGCAGCAAUUACGACGGCAAAGAAUACAAAGGGAAGAAUUACACCUGGCUGCCGUAUUUCGAUCAAACGGAGCCCUGCGAGCUAUAUUGCACCGACACAGAGGAGAGCGUGAUCGUUCCAUGGGGCGAAGCCGCUCUCGAUGGCACACCCUGUAACGUUGGCACCAGAGAUAUGUGCAUCGCUGGAAUCUGUCGAAAAGUUGGCUGCGAUUGGACGGUCGAUUCGGAUGCCACGGAAGAUCGUUGCGGAGUCUGUCAUGGCGAUGGGACUCAAUGCGAAACAACAGGCGGAGUUUACGAUAAAAAUGACGGUCCAGGAUAUAAGGAAGUGGUCGUUGUUCCCAAUGGAUCGAGAAACAUAAAAAUCGAGGAGAUUGGUAACAGCAAGAAUUAUAUUGGGAUAGGCGUGCCAAAUUCUGACAAAUACUUCCUUAACGGAAAACGGCAGAUCACUUUAGCAGGAGAAUACCAAGUUGCCGGAACUCCAGCUCUGUAUGAACGCGAUCGUGAUAAAGAAAAGGUCAGAAUUCCUGGACCUAUCAAAGAAGACAUCGCAGUCUAUUUGAUUUCCAGAGGACACUAUCGGAAUUUCGGACUACGAUACGAGUACACAGUGCCGAAGAAGGAACCUGAUCGAGCACCAGAAUAUUCGUGGGUACUUUCCGACUGGUCACUGUGCACGGCCACUUGUGGUGGCGGCACGCAAACCUCGAAAGCACUUUGCAACGAAAAGAAGAGCGGGGUCGUCGAGGACCACUUUUGCGAGAGCAUCGGAAGACCGGAAUCGAUUUUGCGGGAAUGCAAUCUGAAUCCGUGCCCAGCCAGAUGGUGGAUCGGUCCAUGGCAAAUGUGUCCGGUAACGUGCGGAGAGGGUGCUCUUCGAAAACGAUCGGUAAUGUGUGUCUCUUCAGGAAUGGGUCCUGAUAAAUCGGAUUUGGCUCUGCCCGAUCGAGACUGUAAUCGCGACGUGAGACCUGAAGAAGUCAGUCCAUGUCCAAAUUUGCCACCUUGUAGCUCCACCGAGCCACCAUUGAUCGUCUACGCAGACAACAAAGACGCAUCUUUUUACAAUGUGAGCUCGAACGAUCAGAGUGGAAUCACGAUCGUUGAUGGUCUUACUACUGAGGAGCCGGAGAUCCUCGAAUUCGAUAAUGUGGUUGAUGAAAAUCCUGAUAAUUCAAUGUACAAUACUAAGUCAAAGUGGAUCGUUUCAAAAUGGAGCCAUUGCACGAAUGGGAAGAGAAGUAGAAAAGUGACCUGUUCGAUGCAAGGAGAUUGUAAUCCAGAAACCAAGCCGGCCACCAUCGAACUUUGUCAAGGUGGCAGAUGGGUCACUGGAAGAUGGGGAUCUUGCAAUGCAAGUUGUUUUGUGAAAGUCGGCAUUAAACGCAGGGAAGUCGAGUGUCGUGAUCGUAUAACAGAAUUGUUGUCCGACGAUUGCAACCCUGAGAGAAGACCAAUCGAUACAAGACGUUGUUAUCAUAGGCGGCAGUGCGCGAACGAUAAAUCCGAAUGUAAGGAUACUAUCGUACCAGCUUCAAUGUGUGGAUCAUAUAGACGCAUAUGCGAUAUGUCAUUGAUUGUGCAGGAUAAAUGUUGUGCCACGUGUUUCAGAAAACGAAGACAUAAUCGUCAUAACAGAAGACAGAUUCUUAAUCAUUGACAAGUCGAAAAUACAACAGCUAAAUUGAUCAAUCUCCGCUUCUUUGUCGUGAGAACAUUUCUAGAUCCACUCUUAAACAGGAUCCGUCCUACAUUUGUACUUGUUUCGAAGAUAAACUUGCUGGAAAACUAUGCAAACGUAUUUCUACACGGCUAAAUUAUAAAUUAAACUAAAUAUUUUAAUAGAAUUAAAUUAAAUAACAAUAAAAAGGUGAUGAAAAUUCGAAGCGCACUUAACAUUCCAAUAUAAAUGACAUUGCGGUGUUGUACUCUAAAUUCUGAAUGUUUCAUAAAUUUUAAUUUCUAUCUAAAGUGUCUCAAUAAGGAAAUUAACAAUAUUGUAGAUAAAUCAUUCGUAACUCUUCUAGUUUUAGCAAUAUAACGGUGCAAAUAUAAAAAUUAAUAAAAUUUGCAAGAUGUACAAAUGUAUGUAAGAUAUGAAGAUAUAUCGAGUUCCUAUAUAUAUAUAUGUAUGUAUAGAAUAUAUACAAAAUCUCGAUAUAUUUUUGAAUUACAUAUGACGUUACCCAAUCUCAUAUUUUAUUAUCCUACACAUUA